AUGGCCUCCUUCUACCCCGCGCCCCUCGACCCCGCCCCGCACUGGCACCCGCGCGACAGCGACGACCGCCCCGAUCCCGGCCCCCUUCCCCACCCUCUCCUGCCCCGUCCACCGCCGCCGCCGCCCCCCGCCCCGCCCCUCGACCCCGCCCCCAGCGGCUACACCCUCAUGGUCGCCGGCCAGCGCACAGGAAAGACCUCCUUCCUCCGCCUCCUCCUCGACACCAGCCACGUCGCCCCCUCGGCCACCAAGGACCAGCUCACUUCCCUCGCCAAAUUCGUCCAGGGCUGCGCGCUACACACCCCGCACAUCCGCUCCCUCUCCGUCGACGUCCUCCUCGACCCCUCCGACUCCCCCCACCCCCAGCCCGUCGCCCUCACCCUCAUCGACACCCCCUCCCUCGACUUCCUCCGCAACGAGGCCCACGCGGAGAGGAUCAUGCACGACAUCCUCCGCCAUGUCGACUCCAAGUUCGCAGAGAGCCUCGAUGACGUACGUCCCGUCCCGCGCCCCUCCCCUCCCAACCCCUCCCAACGCCCCCUCGCCCCCCGCCCCUUCCUAAUCCGUGCCCCUCUGCAGGACUACAAGGCCCUCACCGGCGACCACCACGUCCAUCUGUGCGUCUGUCUCUCUUUGCCACCCGCUCGGUCUCCUCGGCCUUCCCUUGCUCACCGCGCUUCCUCUCCCCUCUCCAGCUGCAUUUACUUCCUCGACCCAGACGACAUCGUCCCCCCGCCCGACCCCUCCGCCCUCCUGCCCCCCGUCCCCCACGCCCACCCCAGCGGCCUCUCCCAGCUGGACCCCGAGGCCCGUAUCCUCGAGCCCCCCGUCACCACAAACCCCCCCUUCUGUCGCCCUGCCCUCCCCCAGGCACAGGUCAAUGCCAUCCACCGCCUCUCCUCCCAUGUCAACGUCCUCCCCGUCAUUGCCCGCGCGGACACCCUCACAAACGACCGCCUCGCCGCCAUCAAGCUCGCAGUCCGCCACGACCUCGCCAGUGCAGGCAUCGGCUUUGGCAUCUUCGACGACGUCGAGCAGUACCAGCACCUCAAGGACGCCCUCGACGUCCCCGUACUCAACGGCGACGUAAAGCCCUACCUCGCCCACCCCAACGGCUCCGCCUCCUCUUCCGCGACCUCGUCCCCCACCUCUCCCGUCACGCCCUCCUUCCUGCGCCUCCCCUACGCCCUCAUCUCUCCCGACGGCUACUCCCACGGCGACGGCGUCAACAGGGCCCCGCCCUCCCGACACGAACUCGUCCUCCAGUACACGCCCCAGAGCCACUCCCACCCUUCCAGCUACCAUCUUCCCCCCAAAAUCGCCCGCGGAAAGUUCAUCCGCAGCUACCGGUGGGGCUACCUCGACGUCCUCGACCACACUCACUGCGACUUUCUCGCCCUCCGACACGCCGCGUUCAAACACAUGCAGACGCUGCAGAAGUACACGCGCGAGUACCUCCUUGGCAAGUUCAGGAGCCAGUACUUGCGUGGGACAUCGCGCGAGGCCAUGGUCCCGCCGCACCACCUCCUGCCCGUCGCCGUCUCCUCCGCGCCCGAGUCCGCGCCACUCCCGCCCUCAAACACCCGCCCCAUCCUCGCCAUCGACGUGCCCCCCGCGCGUGGCGUCGCGCCUCGCCUCUCGGCGCACUCGGCCACGCACCAGAUGCCCCCCGGAGACCCGCACGGCUCGUCCGUCGCCGCCUCGGCGACCCUCUCGGACUCGGGCCAGGAGAACGGCAAGCCCUCGGCGUCCAGCGCAAAGUCGAACAGGCAGCGCGCCAAGAAGAUCACCGUCGCCUGCAAUUUCUGCCGCUCCCGCAAGCUCAAAUGCGACGGCGGCCGGCCCGCGUGCCACCAGUGCCUCAAGCGCUCGAACCCGUGCGACUACAUGCCCCCGCAGAAACGGCGCGGCGGCGCGCGCCAGCGCCGCCAGUUCGACAGCAACAACAGCGACAGCGACGCCGACGCCGACGCCGGCCCCGGGAGCGCGGACGAGCGCUCGCUCGAGAUGGAGCCGUCGCUCUCGCCCGAGGUGCACGCCAAGCCGCUCGUGCGCGCCGCGGCGCCUCAGCAGCAGCUGGUGCCGGCGUCGUCCGUGCAGGUAAAGACGCGAGAGACGCUCUCGGCCGAGCGUGCCUUGCACGCGUAUGAGCGCCUCGAGGACGCGCCCCCCGCGUCCGCGCUCGCGUCGUCCCAGCUGGACGCCGAGCGCGACAGGGGCUUUGAGAGGGAGCGGGAGCGGGAGCGCGUCGAUCGCCGCGGCGUGCAGAUCCUCAACGGCCCCAGCAACGGAAACGGCCACGUCCUCGGCGGUGGCCUGCCGACGAUCACGUACACCUCCCCCGCGCAGGCGCCGAUGGCCGCGAGCGCGCCGCCCAUGCUCCCACCGAUCCGUGCCGUGGACGAGGAGCCGCCCUCGCCCCCGCAGGCGCCGCCCCCGGCUCAGGCGUCGCAGCCCGCACCCCCGCCGUCGCAGCCCGCGCAGCGCAAGCGCGCUUCCACGGUCACCAAGGGCAACCGCACGUCGUCCAACUACGGCCCGAAGGUCGUCGCGUGCAAUUUCUGUCGUGCGCGCAAGACCAAGUGCGACGGCGCCCACCCGACGUGCGCGAGCUGUGCGCGGCGCUCGCUCGCGUGCAACUAUGUCAACGACCCCGCGAACGGCGCGCCGUCGCGGCGGAGGGGCGGCCACGCGGGCCCAGGCACAGGGACGAGCGCGCGGGCACGUGGGUCGCGCAGCCCGCCGGAGGCGCCGCAGCCGGGGCCUGGAGCUGGAGCGGGGUCGGGGACGGGCCCGUCGUCUGCGUCCGAGGGGUACGCGCGCUCGUACGACGACGCGCUGGAGGAGCCGCCGGCGGAGGGGAAGCGGGCGCACGCGCUCGCGGAGGGCGACGCGGCGCCGCCGUCGAAGCGCGUGCGCGUGGAGGGGGAGGUGGCGGGCGGCGCGGGGGCGGUGCCCGUGCUCGGCGUGAUGUGAGCGGGCGAGCGGGCGGUGGCAUGUCGUGCAUAGAGCGGGGCGCGGGUGGGCUGCUGGCGCGGCAGAGGCACAGUGUCACAUAGACGGACGGGCUUUUCUUUUCUUCUCGUCUCUCGCUCUCUUUCCCUCCAUUUUACACACUUUCCCCCUCCCACCACACACAUACAUACCAAAGCGCGUCCUGGUGUUUGUCUUUUUUGGAUCCCGGUCCCCUUUUAUUUCCUGUUUUCUCUUCUUUUUUUCGCGCUUUCUCUUCCUCCACCCCCCUUGUGGUAUCCGGUGCGUGUCAUUCCUAGGUAUAUUUGUUUCUGGGUUAUAGCCGGGCGCUGCGCGAUGUUCCAGCGACGUGACGUUCUGUUUUUGUGUUUUUGUGUUUUCUUCCCCCUCGCUCGACUUGAACCACUCCUACUACUACCACAUUUUCUCUUGUCGCGUUGCGUUCGGUUUUUAGUUUUUUCCCUUUGCCCCUUCCACCACCUACACUUCCCCCUCCUACCCCCUCAGUGUCUUCUGCUCAUAACUACUAUCUAGGACUGUACUGUAUUUGUGUGUCGAUCCGAUCCGAUCCGCGGGUGUCCCGCCUAUGUUCUCCGUCUUUUCUCCCUUUUCGCUUUCUUUUCCCUACCGCCUCCUCUGUUUCGUUUUUUUUUCCGUAGUAGUACAGGUACAGUAGCGGUGCGUUGGAUAUACAGUGCGUGGACGUUGG